AUGGGGAGUGGGGAGGGGGGCGCGGAUGUGCGGAGCAUGAGAGAUGAUGGAAUCGAUGAAGAUGGUAAUGCUAUACAUCCACUGAUAUUGGAAUUUUUUAGAGCAGGAGAAACAGAAAAGGAAAAAUUUAAGUCCAAACAAUUAAAUGAUCUGGCGGAAGCAGAUGAAAAGAAAAAAUCACAAGUACAACAUGUUAAAAUAACACUAGUAACACCUUAUGAUAAAUUAAUAUUUGCUCGUUAUAACACGUGGGUUAUGUUGCCUUGGUUUAGUAUUUCCGCAUUAUUGAAAGGACUUGAUGAAGAUACCUUGAAAACAUUUGCAAUAAUGAAUAAUUUUCAUCCAACAUGUAUUAGUCCACUAACAGAUCCAAUAUUAUGUGCAAAUUUCGUUAAAUCAAUGGCAUCUAUUGAUCAGUGUCCAAGAAAUAUUAUAACUGUUCGGAAACAAUUACUUUUGAACUAUUGGACUGGAAUGACGGAACAAACAAAUGAUAAACAAUUUUGGUAUUCGAUUGAUAAUAAAAAAUCUAAACGACGCAAAGAAAAAACAUUGUCGGCAGCUGAAAAGAAUGAAAUUGAUAUUUUAAAUAUUGUAAGUCCGUCUUCGACGUUUGCAAAUUGGGCAGCUGCCAGUAGUGUCUGCAUCAUAGCGAUAGUGACAUUUCUUAUAGCAGUCGUAGCAGUACUCGCUUUAAUACCGCUCUAUAUAUCACGAGAUUACAAACAGCAACCAAGUGGCGAACAGUAUGUUAUCAAUAACCUAUUACUAAGAGUUCAAUACGAUAACUCAACCCCAUUCAAUCAAAUAUUUAUACCCACCAUAGUUCAGGCCACACAAAGUCCUGUAAUAGCUGCAGCUGCAUCUAGGGUCGUCGGCUUCUUUAUUCGAGCUGGUGUUACUCAAUAUAUUAAUGGAAAUACUACAACUCGUAUAACGAAUUUAACUAUAGCAAACAGUUAUUUACUCAACCAGGCAUGUUAUCGUGCACUUCAGUCUUCUCAUUAUGAUCCUAAUCUAUCUGCAUGUUUAAUCACAAACAUUGCAUUUGUUAAUAUUACUCAAUAUAGUUCAACAUUAAGUAAACGACGACGCCGUAAACGAGCUAUUGUUGAAUCGUUUAUUACCUGCACAACGACAAUAUAUUACAAAAAUCGUUGUUCUGAUUCACCAGCUGGUUAUGGAUUGUUCUAUUACAUCACUAAUCAAAAUAGCGUCUGUCGACAUCAACGUUUAAAUGAAAUUAAUUCUUGUUUCAACAGCUCUACAGUUCAGCUGCAACAUGUUAAAAAUAUUGUCAUCAAUGUACAAGCUACUCAGACAGUGUAUAUAAGUGCAAAUGCCACGGGAUUUGCAUUCGGCUCUAGAAAUGGCACCGGUGCAAUCGCUACCACAUCAACUGUUGCUACUGUAACUACAACUAUUGCGUAUCCUGUUGCUGGCACUUAUGCUAUGACUGUUAAUGCUAUUUAUGGCGAAGUCUUUACACGUUAUACAGUCUUUGAUGGCAAUUUACCAACACAACAAGGUGCACAAUAUUAUGGGUCAAUUAGUCUCGCUCAAAUCGAUUCGGCAGUGAAUUCCCAACUGGAUUAG